UUGUUAUUGCUGCAAAUCAUUUUACUUUCUGUGUUUUUAUUGAUAAAUUGGUCUGUAACAAGUUUUUUCUUUCUUAACUGUCUCUGUUUUACAGUAAAUUAAGUUAGAGGACUAAAGGUUAAAUAGUGUAAUUAAAUCUCAAUAUGUCAGCAUUACCAAGAAGAAUAAUCAAGGAAACCCAAAGACUGAUGGCUGAACCUGUACCUGGAAUUAGUGCAGUUCCUGAUGAACAUAAUGCUAGAUAUUUUCAUGUUGUAGUUGCUGGACCAGAAGGGUCACCUUUUGAUGGUGGUGUAUUUAAAUUAGAGCUUUUCCUACCUGAGGAAUAUCCUAUGUCUGCUCCCAAAGUUAGAUUUAUGACUAAAAUAUAUCACCCUAAUAUCGAUAAAUUGGGAAGAAUUUGUUUGGAUAUACUUAAAGAUAAAUGGAGUCCUGCUCUUCAGAUUCGCACCGUUUUAUUAUCAAUUCAAGCUCUUCUCUCUGCUCCAAAUCCAGAUGAUCCAUUGGCAAAUGAUGUUGCCGAGCAAUGGAAAGUUAAUGAAACCGAAGCUAUUAAAACAGCUCGGGACUGGACUCGGCUUUAUGCAAUGCAGUAAAAUUAAACUUCAGCUUAAUGAGAUUGAAGGCUAAGUUAGAGAUCAACUAAGAAAAUAGACCAUUUGAUAAAAGAUGAAUAUUUGAGGAUAUUGCGGAUGAUUGGACUUAAGAUCUUGUUCGCUUCCAGCUCUGACACUUUUCUUGAAUUCUUGCUUUACAACUAACCAAACCAUUUCUACGAUCGCACGCUCUUUGUUUUCCAUUUUCUUCUCAUUUCGACCUUACCCUUACCUCCUCCUUUCCCAUUCUCUCUCACCAUUUUCAAUAGGUUACUUUUGAGAUGAAAAUUAAAGCAAGUUAAUUAAUUUAAAACUUACGCCUAUUUAACCAAAAAACUGUCACUCAGACCUUCCUCAUCCCACUAUUAAUUUUAGUCUACGUGAUGAAGUGACCAGUCUUUCACUUCAUUUUAAAGAGAUGCAAACCUCAAGUAUCUAGCUGAAUCUCUUGAGCCAAAUCUCAACAAGUCAACUCAAUCUCAUCCAUAUAAAAAUGGACAUUGAAUCAUAAAAUCUGGGAAAAAUCACUUCCACCAUCAGUAGAUCUAAUCAUUUUAAAUUAUCAUUGGAUUUUAUCAUGCUUUGCAAAAUUAUUUAAUUUAGUCAACAUUUCUAUUUUCAGUUCACUCGUGAUUUCUGACUAAUUUAUUUGUAUUGCAUCUUUAUAAUCAAAGUCUGGAUGACAUCAAAUAUCAGCCAGGCAUCGUUAAUCCUUUUUAUCAUAAUUUCAACCUUGA